UGUAGUUAAGCUUUGGUCUAGCUCUUAGUCUCAUCACUUCAGUGUCUCAGUAUCCAAGAAAGUGAGCUAAAUCACCAACCACAAAGCGACGACUGAACCACCGCCAUCAUGUCCACCUCACCUCAUCUCUUCUACUUCACCGUCUUCUUCUUCAUCUUCUUCUUCACUCACACCUCCGCCACUGACCACAUUGUUGGCGCCAACAAAGGCUGGAACCCGGGCAUCAACUACACUGACUGGGCUAAUAACCAGACCUUCUAUGUCACCGACCUCAUUUCAUUUAGGUACCAAAAGACUCAAUACAAUGUGUUUAUGGUGAACCAAAGUGGGUAUGACAACUGCACCACAGAAGGGGCAUUAGGCAAUUGGAGCAGUGGUAAAGAUUUCAUAACUCUGAACAAAUCCCAGAGGUACUAUUUCAUUUGUGGCAAUGGUCAGUGCUUUAGUGGCAUGAAAGUUUCUGUUUUUGUCCACCCUUUACCUUCACCACCAUCAUCAAAAUCAGCUGCAGUUGCUGCUAAUGCAUCCUCAGAAUCUGCAACUCCUCUCAUUUUGCACAAGGGUUUAAGAGCUUUGGCUAUUGCUGCAGUUCCAUUCUGGAUUGGAUGGAUUUAGUUAAGUUUUUUAAGAAUCUACCCUUGAAUUGUAUUCCUUUUAGCUAAAUGCCAGUGUAUUAUUAUUGUCUGUCUAUGAUUUUAGAUUUUUGGAUAUUUUAUUAUUUGGCUGAGUGAAGCUUCA